AUGGAGCCUACCCGUGUACCCAGGGCCCCUGGUCCACGUCUUGUUUUCCUCGUUGGCACGCUUGCUCUUACUUUCGCAGCGACCGGGCUGUUGUGCGGCGCCAUAAUGUCGGACCACUGGGAGGAAGUCGGCUGGGAUAAGGAGAUUCUGAACCACGCGAAUGUUACCCUCACGUGGUACUUGGACGGUCAAGUGGCGAUGUUGGGCUCGACUUCUGGCCACAGAGGCCAUCAUCCCGGAAGACGACCGACCUUCCUCGUGCCGAUGUACGGGGGAAUUUGGAUCAUGUGCGUCUCCCUAACGGAGGAGGAAAUACGACUACUGGGUCAGGUAGGUUUUCCGCAAGAGAGAUGCAUUAACUACUUGACGCCAGACGAAGCCCACGAGGAGAUCCGUGCCGCCUGGCAAAAUCGGAUGCAGAAUUUGAGUAUCUCCUGUUCUCUAGUUUGCCUGAUUAUUCUGGGCACCGCCGUUAUCAUUGGAUUUUUUGGAUUGUGCAGGCAUCAAAUAUCGGCGGUUCUCGUCACUGGGGUGAUGUACCUUUUGGCAGCCACGUUUGCGAUGUUCACCCUGACGAUAAUUCACUGCAAGAGGGCCCAGGAUCGCGGGGCGAGGAUACUGGACGGUCCAGAGGAUGGUGUGAUCGGUGGACCAGCUCCCCGUAAUGUCCUCAAAGCCAGACGAUUCACCAGCUCUUGGAGCAUGGAUUUCGGAUGGGGUGGCGUCACCCUAUGCGCCCUCGCCUCGGUCGCGUGGAUACUGCUCAGCAAAAUCAUGCGUUUCAGCCCCAUCGCAGCUAUGAUAGCGUAG